AUGGCUCCGUCCGCCGUGAUUAACGACACCGAGUCUGCGCCGGCAGAGGCCCGCGGCGCCUCCAUCGUGCCCAAGGAAGUACCUCACGUCAAGCACGGCCACGAGCUCGCCAACAAGACACCCCUGCAGGCCAUGUCCCACGGCGACGUCGUGCUCGCCGGCAUCCCCGAGUUCCCCGACUUCGCCUCAAAGCGCCAGUGGCAACUCGAGCACAUGGCCGCGGCCUUCCGCCACUGGGCCCGCGAGGACUACAUCGAGGGCAUGAGCGGCCACAUCUCCGUCAGGGACCCCGAGUACCACGAUGCAUUUUGGACGAACCCUCUCGGCCGGCACUUUGGGCUGCUCAAGGCUAGCGACAUGAUCCUCGUCAACCUCGACGGCGCGGUCAUUGGCGGCAACCGCUCGAAACCGCCCAACACGGCUGGUUUCCUGAUCCACGCCGCCGUUCACAAGGCCCGUCCCGACGUUCACGCCGUCUGCCACAGCCACAGCAUCCACGGCAAGGCCUGGUCCGUAUUUGGCCGCCGGCUGGAGAUGCUCACCCAGGACGCCUGCAAGUUCCGCGGAGACGCCCACAGUGUGUACAACAGCUACGGCGGAGUCGUCCUAGGACCUGAGGAGGGCGAGGCCAUCGCCAAGGCACUCGGUCCCAGGGGCAAGGGCUGCAUCUUGCGGAAUCACGGCCUGUUGACCGUCGGACAGACCGUCGACGAGGCUGCGUUUCUCUACACCUCCAUGGAGCGCAGCUGUCGCGUGCAGCUCCUGGCCGAGGCCGCGGCCGCCAACGGGCUGGAAAAGAUCUUGGUCACGGACGAGGAGGCCCAAUUCAACUUUGACGUCGAGAGUGACCCGGAGAUCUGCUACUGCGAGUUCCAGGUCUACUACGACUUGGAGGAUGAGUUGACGAAUGGUGCUUUCAAGAACUAG